UGUCUGUGUGGCUGUCACGUCAGCGGGGCGGCGGCGGAACAGCUUGAGAGACUGUGAUGCAAGAAAACAGGAGUGGAGACUUUGAGGUUGUUGACAAGAUGGCCACUGUACCAGGCACUGCAGGCAUCAUUGAAGUGACAGUUGUGGCAUUGCAGUGGCUGAAUGUGAUGUGACAUGACUCAGUCACUGACUAAAGACAUCUCUGAGGUGUAAAAAAAAGGGCAAGAGAUCACACACAGAAAGAUGAAUACACAAGACAUUAUCCACCAAGCACAAGAUGUUUUUGACAGAGUUACUCAUCGCUCUUCUCCACUCCUCCCUGUCAGCAUUGAACCCAGACAGGAUCCAUCAGCACCAAGCAGCUCAGUACUGACAAAUGUUGCACCUCCAUCAGCACUUCCCUCCUUCUUAACCUCUCCCCUCCCAUCAGCUACUCCUGCUACUUCUGUCCCUCCUGAAUCUUUUUCGCAAAGUUCUUCCAUUGCUCCCUCUCCUGGAAAAUCUGUUCCUCUUCCUCCAAGUACAUCAGUUUCUCACCCUCACGGUCCAUCUAUUCCUCCUUUCACUUCCCCUUCCACUCCCACUACUAACUCAUCAAUUCCUGCUCCAAGAAGUCCCUCUGUCCCUCCAUCUGGUAGUUCUGCUGUUUCCCAUCCUGAAAUGGCCUUUCCUUAUUCAGCUAAUCCCGGAGUUGGCAUUUCACCUCCAGGGACAGGACCCUCAAGCAGUACUUUUGUACCUUCAGAAGUCUCUCCUUAUCCUGCUCCUCCUCUUCCUCCCAUGUCAUUACAAAGCCCCUCUGCAGAGCCUACCAUGGAAUCACAACCUCAACCACCCGAUAUGACGAGUGCUGUCACCUGCCAGCCACAGCCCCCAAACAGGCAGAAAACACACUCUCGCCACCACAGCUACCCUCUCAGUGCUGGUAAUGCAGAUGCCACUGCUUCUGUUGACCUUGGUUCACCUGGUGUGGUGGCAUCUGCCAAGAAGGAGGAAGGUCGUGGCUGGUUUGGCUGGAUUCGUGGCACUGUUUCCAAUGUUGGACAUCGUGUAGCAGAGCGAGCAAAGACCUCCAUGGACUCAAUGAUUACUACCCUCGAUCCCCAAAUGAAGGAAUUUUUACAUUCUGGCGGAGACAUGGAUAUUAUUGUUGCAUCUGACAAAGAAGUCAAAGUUGGUGCAAUUAGGGAAGCCUUCCAGAUGAGUUUUGGGAAAGCCACAGUAUGUGGCAUGAAGACCGAGGCGCAGGGAAUAGCAGCUCAGCCAGUUGGAUUUGAAGCAGCACUCAGCGCUGCUGAGGGAAGGAUCAACUACCUCAGAUCCACAGGACGGAUCCAUCCUCAACAUCCCAUUGUUGCUGUAGAAAACUUCAUUGUGGAGUUACAAUCUGACUGUUGGUUUGACAUUGGCUUGCUGCUUCUCGAUGAUCCUGGAGAAGACAUCCUUCUGCAGACGUAUACGCAAGUCACCCCAGUGCCACCAGAUUUUGUGAACCAGGCCCGCACUGCCACCCCAGAGGAUUACCCUCUUAAGGAAUCAGGGUUUGCAAUCACUAUUGGUCAGAUUGCCAGUCAAAACCUUCAGGUGCAUCACAGCAUGUGGCAGGAAGCUCUCACUGGAGUGUCAAGAAGAGAGGCGUUGUUACUUGCUGGGCGUACCUUGGCAGGUCUUUACAGAUCUCGUUUGCCUACUUAUCAUUAGUAUGAAGAAGCUAACGCUGUAGGAUAGAGAAUGAUUCACAGAAAUAAGAAAGGAAAGGAAGCAUCUCAUUUAUGAAUAUACCUGAGAUAGACCUUAUGCCAAAACACUUAAUCCACUUUAACAUGGAUUAGAAUGUGGAAUGUUUUUUAUAGUUUGUAUUACUUUUAUAGCUCUAUGAUGUAUUGAAGAUAUUUAUGAAUAUAUAUAAAACAUUUUAAGAUAAGAUAGCUAACUGGGAUGUAUUUUUCUGGUUCUGGUAAAGAAAAGAAUAAAAUAAGCAUGUAGAAUAGGGGCAGCAUACAGGAGUGUCUUGUUGCUCAAAUUGGCAACUCACUUCUCAGUCUGAAAAAAAUCUGCCAGAAAGUAACUACAUGACCAUUCAUGUUAGCCACUCAUGUUUUUUUGAAGCAUAGCAUAAUGGGUUCAUUGUUUGACACCUUACAUGGUAUCAAGAGACUGUUAAAAGUAUAUUCACAGCUAAUACCAAAAUAACUAAAUAUUUUGGGAGGCCCACCACCAUGUUUGUAGUGAGGCACAUCUCAUGUGUCUCAUUUCAUUCCUUCAUCAACACAGUCAGUGUAAUAAUUAUAAACCUAAUUUUAAAUUGGCAACUCACUUCUCAGUCUGAAAAAAAUCUGCCAGAAAGUAACUACAUGACCAUUCAUGUUAGCCACUCAUGUUUUUUGAAGCAUAGCAUAAUGGGUUCAUUGUUUGACACCUUACAUGGUAUCAAGAGACUGUUAAAAGUAUAUUCACACCAAAAUAACUAAACCAACAAAUAUUUUGGGAGGCCCACCACCAUGUUUGUAGUGAGGCACAUCUCAUGUGUCUCAUUUCAUUCCUUCAUCAACACAGUCAGUGUAAUAAUUAUAAACCUAAUUUUUUUUUCUAUUUGCCUCAUCAUUUUAGUGAAACUCUGACAUUCAUAUUUUGUAAUUGUGGCCUGUAUACAUUACUUUCCAGGCAUAACACCACCUCUGUAAAAUACUUUAUUUAAAACAAACACUUCUGUUUUGUUAGGAGAAGCAAGAUAUGGUCACAAAAGAUUUCCCUUAAGUCAACAUGUCGUAUAACACUGAUUUUGAUAUUCGCUGCUUUCAAAAACAUGUGAAGGGUUAAUUAACCUAAAUUGACAUGUACUUAUUUUUUCAGACCAAUUGAAUUACCAUUUUGUGUAAUAUCACAAUCAUGUCAGUGGGAGUCCUAAUCAUGUAUAUUUAUAUUGCUGACUGUUAAUAACAUUUUGAUUGUCAUUAUACAUAUCAAAACUUUUUGUUGGUCUGAACUGAAUGACAAUUUAGAAAACAUUGUAAUACACCACAAAAAAAGAAAAAAAAUAUGUAAGAAAUCUUUAAGCAAAGUGUGCCUGUCUCAUUGUGCUGAGCUGCAAACUUUUAGACAACACUUGUUAUUGUGGCUCUUAAGUAUCUCAUACCUGCCUCAUCGAAAACUAUAACAUUAUGUGAGUCUAUACAUAAAAGAAUAAAGUCAAGACUUGUUCAGACAACUUGAACUAAUGAAUGUUCUUAUGUGAUGACAUGGAAAAGUCAAGUGUUGUGCUAUUUAGUUAUAUUAGCACUGCAUAGUUUUAAUAUACAUAACUGUUUGAAAAUGCUGAUGUAUCUAUAAACAUGUGGUGAUGUAAAUGUUCUGGAUUCUCAAUGGAAAAGGGGAUCAUGUGCAGUGUAGUGGUGCAAGCAUUGUCUUCUAGAGAAAACACACACACACACACACACACACACAAAUUACUAUAACAGAUAGCAGUACAAGGAUGCCAGAAAUUAAUAUAUUAUAGUAAGGAGAGAGGAAGAAAGAAACUUUGAGGAAGAUGUGGUGAA